AUGAGCUUGAGAUGGACGCCUCCCGGAAUUGACGGUAUUGACCGGCCUACAUCGUGGCACCAGGCCUUCGGCAACCAGCAGCCCCAGUACGACUCCGUCUCGGCCGCGCCAGAGACGGAGGCGUGCUUGCCGUUGAACGCCGACGACAGCAACGACACAAACGGUCAAAACGGCCGCAAACUGCCGAUCCGCACCAUGUCUGCAUUUUCGGCACACCAACAAUUGGACCGGGAACGACAAAGGGAUUGGAGCGGCCGCCGUGCCACUCCAACACCAUUGCCCCUGCAUGAGCGCAGCGCCUCCGAGAGCAACCGCAUGACUGACAUUCGCGUUGUGCCAUACUCGCCGCCAAGGCUCGAUUCCGCUCCGCAGGAGGUACAAAGUGGACUGCAACUGCCAGGACCAGUUUCUGGAUCGCCAAGCAGCUCACCGCGCCGCCGGCGACGGCAGCGGCAGCGACGACGGCGCUCCAAAGACCACGACAACAAUGACAGCGACAGCAAUGGCGGUGAAGACAGCGAUCAGACGACGACGACCAGCAGGCGCUUCAGCCGGCCCACCAGCUGGGCUAGUCGCGGCAGUUGGGGCCCUUCGACAGCUCUCGCAGGAGCAGGCGCCUCGCCUUCAGCCUCGACCUCGGCAUCCCCUGCUCCCGGCAGCCCUGGCAGCAAGGCCAGCAGCAGCCGCACCGUCGUCAGCGGCCAGUCUGGCAAGCCUGCAAAAGCAGGGACUGGCAAGACAGGGAAGGCCGGCCACUCUGUGCUAUCCGAGAAAUCGAGAAAUUCGGUGAUGGGCGCAAAAUGGGCAAAUGUGACAAGAUCUGGAAAUGGAAAUGACGGUAAGCCACUGGAUAAAGAGGGCUAUGCAUCCAGCGGGCCGGGGUCUGCAUUAUCAUCGCCCGUCGAAACUGCGACUCCAUUGGCCAGGGCUGGUAGAAGAGGCGUUUCAGGAUCGAAACUCACUAGCCCGACUGGCUCCCAAUUCACCGCCGCGACCACGACGACAUUUUCGGGUGCAACGUCAGACACACCUGCCACGGCAGCUAACACAACCAAAAAUACCAGCAAUUCCAGCACUAUCACCGAUGUUAAUGCGACGUCCCGCCUCCUGGCCCACAAACCCCGUCCUCAGCCCCAGCUUCAGUUGCAGCGGCAUCAGCAGCAUCAGCUACAGCAAGGCAUCCAUGACUUCAGCCUGGGCGAUGAUGCUCCUUCUGCACGCUCUGGUGCCCAGCUGGGCCUCACUCCUGCCAGCGCAUCAUUUUCUGCAGCAGCUGCUUCCCACUUGACCGAACACCGUAGCGCGUCCGGUGCGCCUCAAUUGCAAUUGCCAGACCCUCCGUCGUCGCCGAUUGCCUUUCCAACGUCACCGUCGUCUUCGUCGACGUUUUUCCUGCCCUCGUCUUAUCACCAGCCGCUUUCCAUCACCACCUCAAACACUGCAUCAUCCACCAUCACUGGCCCUUCCCUGUCCCCGACGCCGUCUGUCGCGUCCCUCACAUCUGCAUCGUCCUCACAGGCUGCACCGCGUCCCAACUCCCGGCGCCGGAACCUUGUCGCGGUACACGCAGACAAAACAUUCUCCCUCGUUCCUCGCAACAGCAGCGGGAAGACAGGUGCUGGGACGUCUCCUGCAUUUCCAUCCGGUCUCUUGGUGCGCCCUGACCUACCGCCUCCGACUCCCGCUGCCACCACUAUUAGCAGCCUAAAGUCGCCCCCCCUAUCCUUCGUCACUUCCACGGUACGUUCGUCCAGCUCGCAUGAACGGCUGUCCUCAGACGUCUUCAGCGGCGACGAUCAUCCCAGCUCUCCUUUAACCACCACCAGUGCCACCCUCCAGGAUAGGAGCAGCCUCUCGCCCGUUACCCUGUCGCCUGGAUCCUCUACUGUCCACUUACACGAGGAUCCUAUAGUCUCAGCCGACCCGUCUUUGUUUCCUCUGCCCGCUUCUGCCACUGGUGUUUCCAACAACACCUCACCGUGGAAUUACCGCCUGGCCGGUGGCCUGCGCAAGGUUCCCAAGACCCCUGACUUCCGGCACAAAGGAAAGGGACGUGCCGUUCCCUCUACCCCGACCGACUCACCCUAUUCCCACAGGCACCACCCCGUCAUCUCUGGUCUCGACGUGUCGAUUCUUCCUCCACUGUCUGAAUCGACGUCUAGCCCUACUACCACCGUUGUUGCUGGCGGUUCCACUGCGAUUGGUUCCACCACACGCAUUGCAUCGUCCUCCACCUAUACCACCGCGACCCUUCGCCCUCAAAGGAAGACUUCUUUUGCAUCUGACCAGUCGGCGGGCGCCUUGUCGACGGACUCGUCACUUUCGUUGUCUGCCUCGACCAUCUCGGCCGCGACCAACUACAAAGUUUACGCCCACAGUUCGUCACCUGCCGGGGCGGCCGCGAACUCUACCGCCCUCGAGUCGACUGAUAGUUUUGAGUCGCACCCUUCCAGCCACUCGACCAACAUCGAGAUCCUCGGCGUCUCCUCACCUGCAGCGCCGCCACUGCCCGCGCUCCAGCGCUCGGACGAUCCUGACGAAACCUUUGCGUCGCUUGCUUCGUACCCAUCCAUUGCGUCCUUUGAUACUGGCAUCUCCGAAAGCAGCGCGCCCAAUUUUGUUGUCCUAGGCGCGUCGUCGCCUCCGGCCCCAUCGCGGUAUCUUGACCGCAUUCGCAACGGCUUCACCCCCGACGUCGACGUCCCCAGCAGCCCCCCUCUACCUCCGCGCUCCGCCACUACUACUACUGAUACGCUCGAUACCUCUGAUAGCGAUCCCAAUUACGUGCUGCACGGUGAACCGUCUACCAUUUCGUUCCCUCCGCCGUCGUCGUCGUCGAACUCCUCCUCGCUCGUCACAAUUUCGAGACAACCACGUCCUGUCUACUCCCAAGAGAGCCUUAUUGUUCCACCGCUAAAGACCGUCAAGGCCAAAAAGUCCAACGAGCGGUUCGGCUACUAUAAGUCUCGCUCGCGUGAGUCGCUUCGGCGCGCCGCAUCGAUCAAGUCGAUCUCAUCCCUGUUCGGACAAGAGGCUGCCAGCACUUUCUUUGCCGGCCAGGCUUUCCUGAACAUUGAUAUCCCGCCCAUUCCUGUCUUUACCGGAUCCAAAGCUGCUGCUGCUGCUGCCCUGAAGCAGCAGCACCAGCUACCAGGCUUUGCGAAAACGCCGUCGCUGCCAACAGUCAAACGGAAGCCUCUUCCGCUUCCCGCCCCUACGGUUCAGAGCGAGAACUACGUUGUCUACGACCGCACGCCUAACAAGAAGUCGGGGCCAGCAUCGUUAGAUUCAUGGGACUCGCCGUCGUCCUCGCAGCUGACUUCCUCGCCGCAGUCCCCCACUCUUCCCCAGCAACCCAUCUCCAAGCGGUCCAAACUAGCGACAGUUCAAAUGGUCGAAGAGCACCCGCACCAAUGGAGCUCCCAACUGUCUACGGUCAUGUCCGAGAGCGAGGGCGACAGCCUGCGCGCCUCCUCUCGUUCCGUGUCCGUGAUGUCGGGGGCUCCAAGUGGCAGCUACAUUCGUGGCGACGUAAGUGCCGUUAGCGGCGCAAGCGUCCGUCGGUCGAGCACUGGGUGGGCCAGCAGCACACACAGCCGCAACAUGCCGAGCAUAUCAAGCUCGCUGGGCCUCCAGAUGGAUGAAUUGCGAGACCGCAAUUCCCGCAGUGAUUCUCUACUUCUCGAUCGGCCAAAUCCGGCGUUUUUCCGCGCAAAUUCUGCUUCCCCCACAACAUCAGGCAGUGGCGCGCCGUAUCCGCCGCCCAUUCGAACAGUUCGCGACCACGACGAACACGGCGACGGCCUGGCUGACCUGCAUGAUGUAGGGCGUCAGCCGUCAAGAUCCGGCCUCUCUGGCUUCUUCUCGAGCAGCAACAACUCGGCACGAAAUCUGCACUCAUCCGGCAGCAUGCGCAGCAUAGCUAGUGGGGGCUUCCCCUCGUGGGCGCGCGUGUACUAUGGCUCUGGAGAGCACCGCGCUCUCAGUGUUGAACCCAGCAUGUCAGAGCUAGGCCAAGGCGACGACUACAUGGCUGGCGUCGGCCGUCCCAACAGUGCUUUUCGUCGCUCGCCGAGUUUGGACAAUAUGCACUUCAACAUCUUCAACACGCGUCGGCGCCCCAGAGAAGUGCAACCCACCGGACCCCGGCCUUUCUCGGAUGCCGCGAGCAUGGAGGCUGGUGAGGCCGGUGUUGUAAACGAUUAUCGUCUGCGUCCGCCUGGCCUGCGUAAGAUGACCAGCUCUAUCUGGUCGCCGCAUCUCCGGGUUGAUCGCCGUGCUACCCGUUUCAGUGUCUGGGAGCCGCCUAGCGUGACGUGGAGCACCGACACGACCUCUACAUUUGACCGCCGGAACCUGCACGUUGUCUGCUUUACCAUUGGCUUCGUCUUCCCUUUAGCUUGGAUGGCUGCUGCCUUCCUUCCCUUGCCACCGGACCCCAAGCGGGCCAUGGAGAAGCGCGCAGAAGGCAAGUACGGCGUCCCAGAGGCUCUCAAGCGCCGCAUUGCUCAAUACGACGAAGCACGCUAUCAGAGCGCCAAAUGGUGGCGCACACUCAACCGUGUCAUGUCGGUCUUCGGCUUGCUUAUUCUGGGCGCUGUCGCAGCCCUUGUUGUCGUCGGUGUCCGCCAAGGAUGGGGCCAGUGA